UCUCAAGAAGGCGUCCAUCUGGUAAAUGGUGCCCUUACACAGCGCCCAAGUGCGCGAGCAGCACAAUAGUUUUGUCAGCCUGUCUGUAAUCUAUUUACAAGGUCUCUUUAAUAGGUUUACUGGUUAAAGGCUGCUAAGCUCCUGCAACAAGUGCUCACAGUGACAGAAAGAGCCUGGAAGGCAGCUGAGAAGCAAAGUCUCUGCUGUUCCUGAUACUUUAAUCUCAGCAAUGGAGAAGGACUCCAGACCAUUAUGGGACAAUCAAAUGCAAUUUUUCCUGGCCUGCGUGUCGUACGCAGUGGGGCUGGGUAAUGUGUGGAGAUUCCCAUAUUUGUGCCAAAUGCACGGAGGAGGCGGAUUCCUGAUACCCUACCUGGUAAUGCUGGUGGUAGAAGGAAUACCUCUGUUCUAUAUGGAGCUGGCGGUCGGACAGCAGAUGCGUCUUGGCAGCAUCGGGGCGUGGAGAGCCAUUAACCCGUAUCUCGGCGGAGUGGGUAUUGCAAGUGUGGUGACAUCCAUAUAUCUUUCCAUGUACUACAACGUUAUAAAUGCUUGGGCGUUUUGGUAUCUCUUCCAUUCAUUUCAGACAGUGCUGCCCUGGGCAGAGUGCCCUGUGAACAGGAACCUGACUGGCUAUGUGGAGGAAUGUGAGAGGAGCUCUGCUACAGAAUACUUCUGGUACAGAGAGACCUUAAACAUCACAUCCUCGAUGGAUGAAACUGGGAAUGUCCAUAUGGGACAGGCGCUGUGUCUCCUCCUAGCCUGGUUGGUGGUGUACCUGUGUAUUGUUAGAGGAACAGAAUCAACAGGAAAGGUAGUGUAUUUUACAGCCACAUUCCCUUAUUUGGUCCUGAUCAUCUAUUUGAUAAGAGGAGUAACUCUACAUGGAGCUAUCAAUGGAGUGAAGUACAUGUUCACACCUAAGCUCGAACAGCUGGCCAACCCCAUGACCUGGAUCAACGCUGCCACCCAGAUCUUCUUCUCCCUGGGCCUGGGCUUUGGCAGCCUCAUUGCCUUCGCCAGCUACAACCAGCCCAACAACAACUUCGAGAGGCAGGCCAUCGCCGUGUCGAUCAUCAACAGCGGCACCUCUAUCUUCGCCAGCCUCGUCACCUUCGCCAUCUAUGGCUUCAAGGCAACAUGCAACUAUGAGAGAUGCCUAGACAGGAUGAUAUUGCUGCUGUUAAAUACUUUUGAUAUGGAGGAGGACAGCAUCAAGCCAGAGAACUUGGACUACUGGAAGAUUGAGCUGAAUACAACGUACCCGGACAAGUUCGCCUCAAUAUCCUCCAGACUUGAGGUCUGCAGCCUGGAGGCCGAACUAGACAUGGCUGUCGAAGGCACCGGUCUGGCGUUCAUAGUGUACAGUGAGGCCAUCAAGAACAUGGGCCUGCCCCAGUUCUGGUCCGUGCUGUACUUCUCCAUGCUGCUGAUGCUGGGGAUUGGAAGCAUGCUGGGAAACGUGGCUGCCGUUAUAACCCCCCUGAGGGACUGGGACUUCCUGUCCAAGCGCGUCAAGAAGGAAACUGUGAACGGGUUGGUGUGCCUGUUCUGUGGCGUGACAAGCCUGGUGUUCACAGUCCAGUCAGGCAACUACUGGUUCGCCAUCUUCAACGAAUACGCUGCCACGUUUUCUCUGCUCUUCAUCGUCCUCAUUGAAAUCUUAAGCGUCUGCUAUAUUUACGGCCUGAAAAGGUUCGAGAAGGACAUCGAAGUGAUGAUCGGACACCGCCCCCACUGGUACUGGAAAAUCUCAUGGGCGGCUGUGAGUCCCGUUCUCAUCGUUGCACUUUUUGUGUUCUACAUUGCCAAUUACAUCAUGGGUGGGACUCCCACGUACCAAGCGUGGGACGGAAACCGGGGAGAAACGGUAACCAAGGAGUAUCCUGUAUAUGCCCAGGUCUUCAUUGGGAUUCUCCUGGUAUCGUCUAUGAGCUGUGUCCCGCUGGUGGCCCUGGUCACUCUUAUCAAGAAAAAGAGCAGCAAGGCCAAAGAGACUACAGUCAGCCCCGCUACCACCUAGGAAAUGUGGGAUACUCUGUGAAUGGAGAUGAAAGACCUGUUUCUUCACAGUCUAUGGCCUUAAUCUGACAGCCUCUGACUCUGUGAAACACAAGAGCCACUGAAGAGGAAUUUCUCAUUUCUACAUAUAAAGUAUGUGCCUUUAAAAAACAUCGUACUUGCCUAUCUUAUAGCUAUUCACACAACUUUCCUCGUUCAUAUUAAAGUCACCAUUUCUCAUUUGACACCUGAAAAAAAAAAUUCCAAAGUGGAAGUCGUAGGAUUACAUAAAGAUCUUUUAAGACAUAAAAAAGGACCACCUGUCUAUAGCGUGAUGAAGAAUAAAGUAUUGUUCCCUUUCAGGAAA